UCAUAAAUACCCGAUACGGAGCAGGCCCCCUCAGUCAAUAGCUCGACAUGUUUCGAGCAACGAUCGUCCUCCUGUUCGCCGCGCUAGCCGGCUGCGUGAACGUGAAUUGGUACAAAAAUGCCCUCGUGUACCAAAUCUAUCCGAGGAGUUUCCAAGACAGCAAUGGGGACGGUAUAGGCGAUUUGAACGGGAUCACGGCCAGGAUGGAUCACAUCGCGGACAUAGGCGCCCAGGCGCUCUGGUUGUCGCCCAUCUACAAGAGUCCCCAGGUCGACUUCGGCUACGACAUCUCCAACUUCACGGACAUCAACCCGGAUUACGGCACUCUGGCCGAUUUCGACAGGCUCGUGAGAAAGGCGAAGUCGCUCGGGCUGAAGGUGAUCCUCGACUUCGUGCCCAACCACAGCUCCCACGAGCACCCGUGGUUCAAGAAGAGCGUUCAAAGGAUCAAACCGUACGACGAGUACUACGUGUGGCGCGACGCGAAGAUCGUGAACGGGACCAGGCAACCGCCCAACAACUGGCUGAGCGUCUUCUGGAACUCGGCUUGGGAAUGGAACGACGAACGAAAGCAGUACUAUCUUCACCAGUUCGCGGUAGGCCAGCCUGAUCUGAAUUACAGAAGCGCCGCGUUGGAUCAAGAGAUGAGGAACGUGUUGACGUUCUGGUUGGAUCGAGGGGUGGACGGUUUCCGGAUCGACGCCAUCAAUCACAUGUUCGAGGACGCGAGAAUGCUGGACGAGCCGAGCGCGAACAAGACCGACGUCUCCAAGAACGAUUACGAGAGCCUGGUCCACAUUUACACGAGGGAUCAGGACGAGACGUACAAGACGUUGAGCAGUUGGAGAAAACUUAUGGACGAGCACUCGAAUCGCACCAACUCCGACCCGAGAAUGAUCCUCACGGAGGCGUACACCGACUUCAAUUUGACGAUCAAGUACUACAAAUCCGGAUCCACGGUCCCCUUCAACUUUAUGUUCAUCACGGAUCUGAACAACCAGUCGACCGCCUCGAACUUCAAACAGCUGAUCGACAAAUGGGUGGAGAACGUGCCGAGCGAGAGCGUGACAAAUUGGGUCUCGGGCAAUCACGACAAUCACCGCGUCGCCUCGAGAUUCGGCAGGCAACGGGCCGACGAGAUCCUAAUGCUGACGUUGACUUUGCCCGGCAUAGGGGUUGUUUACAACGGGGACGAAAUCGGGAUGGAGGACAGGCCGUUCACGUACGAGGAGACCGUCGACCCGGCCGGUUGCAACGCGGGCCCGGCCAAAUAUUAUUUGAAAUCAAGGGAUCCCGAGAGAACGCCCUACCAAUGGGACAACACCACGAGCGCUGGAUUCUCCAAUAGUCAGAAAACCUGGCUACCCGUUAACAAUAAUUACAAGUCUUUGAAUCUUGCCGCCCAGAAGAGGGAAUAUUAUUCCCAUUACGUGGCGUUCAAGUCAAUGUCGUAUCUGAAGCAGCAACCCGUGAUCGCGAACGGGACCUUGAACGUGGAUGUGAUCGAUGGAAGGGUUCUGAGCGUGAAACGGCAAUUGGGCAACGACACCGUCAUAGUUAUGAUAAACUUCUCCGAACAUCCUGUCUCUCUGAACAUCACCGAGGUGCAUCCACCUGCCAACCUGGUCGUUUACGCCAACAACGUCAUCGGCUCGAGUGUUAGCCACGGCAACUGGAUCUAUCCGACCAUGAUGACUUUGUCCGGAUCUAAUUCCGUUAUAUUAACCAAUUACGAAUUGUAUUGGAGAUAUUGGCAAGGAUUGUAAAUUGACGGAACAUGAUUGUUCUUUUUCUUCUUCUCUUUUCAUUAUCGACCGAAUAUAUUUAAUAAAUUUAAUAU